GAUGGCACCUUUAACCUAGACAUUAUUUUGCAGGUUAAGGCGAAAAUCAUGGAUUCAGGGCCACACGGCCACCCGGACCAGAUACCCUACAUUGUUACUUGGGAAGCCCUGGCCCGGGAACCACCCUCAUGGGUCAAGCCGUUUGUCACUCCCAGCCCCCCUGCCGUUCCCCCUGCAGUUCCCUCUGCCCCUGCCCUACCUCCUCCGUUGGUCCCCACACCCUCUAAGUCUGCCCUCUAUCCAGCUGUAACAAAGCAGGCCCAAGGACGUAAUCCGGGGGGCAAAAAGACGCCGACGACCCCGGUACUGCCAGCAGACGACGGCUCCUUGUUGGAUCUGCUGACUGAAGAACCUCCCCCCUAUAGGGACCCAGACCCCGACCAAGAGCCGGGAGAAGCCGCCGCGGCCGGACCUCAGGAGGAACCAGCUCCUUCCCCGGUGGCAGGGCGAUUGAGAGGGCGCCGAGAGGCCCCUCCGGAUUCCACAUCUCAGGCUCUCCCAUUACGAGCGGGGCCUAACGGCCAGCUCCAAUACUGGCCUUUUUCCGCUUCGGAUCUAUAUAACUGGAAAAAUAAUAAUCCCCCUUUCUCUAGGGACCCUUCUAGACUCACCGCUUUAAUCGAGUCCAUUUUAGUAACCCACCAGCCCACCUGGGACGAUUGUCAGCAGCUGUUACAGGCCCUCCUGACCACCGAGGAAAAGCAACGAGUCCUUUUGGAAGCCCGUAAGAACGUCCCGGGGGCUAACGGGCAGCCUACUCAGUUGCCAAACGAGAUCAACGAUGCCUUCCCCUUGGAGCGACCUGAAUGGGACUUCGCCACGGAGGACGCCCAUUUGCAGGCACUACAGAUUGUCCAGAAAGAAGUCUGGGAACCCAUCGCCGCUGCAUACCAAGAACAACUGAACCGACCGGUGGUGCCACAUCCGUUCCAGAUUGGAGACACAGUUUGGGUCCGUCGACAUCAAACUAGAAACUUGGAACCCCGCUGGAAAGGGCCCUAUACUGUGUUGCUAACAACCCCGACGGCGCUCAAGGUCGACGGUAUCACAGCGUGGGUACACGCCUCCCAUGUCAAGGCGGCCCAUCACGACGCAGAGCAAGAUCAGACUCCAGCCUCCUCAUGGAAACUCCGUCGCACCCAAAAUCCACUAAAGAUAAGACUCACCCGGGUUUGAU